UGUAGUACAUGAUUCUAAGGUCAAUGGUUAUACAUGAUUCUAAGUCUAACAAAUUAGGAUUUCAAAGAAUGACUGCUUAAAAUUUACAAAAUGAUUUUUGCAAAUGAAAUUUCUACAUCAUGUACAUUCUAUAAUUUAAAUAAAAUUAAUAUUCAUACGCAACAGAAAACAACAUGUGAUGACACCGUUGACAGGUUUAAAUUUUACAAAAGUUAUUGCUGCAAAUCUUGUCGUCGUAUUUGUCCAAGAGCUGUCGUGAGAUCACAGUUAAAAACUCGACAAAGGCAUGAAUGGAGACAAAGAAAUGACAAUUUCGUCCUUAUAAGUGCAACAUACAUCACGAAACUUUACCGUUGGAUGAAUAAGUAUUUGUUCGUGGAUGAUUUUUUAAAAUCAAUCGUUACAUCAGUGAUUUUAUUUGCAAUUGGAGUGGAACUCACCAGGAAAUUAAAUGUUCGGAAUUUUAUCCAGAAUUGUCAUUAAAUAGCAAACUCUUCAAUGAAACU